AUGAAAAUUUUAAACAAACGAAGUGGAAUUUUAUUUUUGUUAAUGCAACUGAUGCAGGUAUUGGUACUGUCUAAGCCUCUGACCAAUGAAAUGGCCAUUCGUCAAGCCAAGGCCAUGGAAAUGUUAAAAUUUAUGAAUUUAUCCGCAGAUCCUUGUGAGGAUUUUUAUGAGUUCACUUGUGGAAAUUGGAAUAUCUACCAUUCGGCUGCCUUGGAAGAUGAAGUCAGCACGGGUCUGUUGGAAAUGUUGCAAAAAGUUUUGGAUGCCAAUAUUAUGAGGCUUUUGCAGCAACCCCUUGCCCCAGAUACGGCAAUUGAUAGGAAGGUUAAGGAUUUCUAUAAAUCCUGUUUGAAUUUACCCAGCCUAAAGGGGGAGUAUGCCAAUAGGCUCAAGGCCAUAAUAGCAGAAUUUGGACAAAUGCCUGCUUUGGUGGGCACCUCCAAAUGGUCACAGGAAGAAAAUUUUGAUUGGCUACAAACCGUGGGCGAAAUAUCACAUAAAUAUGGCAUAGACAUCAUAACAGGAGCUGAAGUUGCUGUCGACCUGGCCGAUAAUUCUGUCAAUCGUUUGUAUAUCAAUCAACAGGAAUUGGGCUUGGAAAGUAAAUCCGUCUAUUUGGAUGCAGAUAAGGACAAGGCAGUUCUAUUAAGAGUUCUGCUACUAUCGGUGGCCUCAAAACUUAAUGAAUUUCUGCAAAUGGAUUUGGAAUGGGCCUUACAAACAGCCCAGGAGAUAGUAGACUUUGAAACUUCCCUGGCCCAAGGCAUAGAUGAUUUUGAAUCAGUGGCAGAAUUUCAAGAAAAUCUUCCUUUAACCACAAUGAAGGAAUUGCAGCAGCAAUAUGGCCUUGACAUAGAUUUCAAGAAAUUGUUAAACCUUUCUAUGGGAUCUGUGCCCGAUUUGAAGGUUUACUAUAGCCCCAAUUACAUUGAAAAUCUCAUAAAAGUCCUAAAAGCCACUCCCAAAAGCAAAGUGGCCAAUUAUAUUUUCUAUCAAUUGGUGGAGAAGUUUUUCAUCAGCCUGCCCCAGACCAAAGAGGAACUUCACACCAACUGCCUGGCAAAUAUGAAGGGAUAUUUCUCCAAGAUAUUCGAUAACAUGGUAUAUCGCCACUAUAGCAGCAAGCAGCUGGAGCAGGGCAUAGGCAACAUGUGGCUGGCAAUAAAAUCAGCUUUUAAAAAAUCUCUGGAAUCUGCAGAGCAAUACCCUUGGAUUAAAACCUCUACCCGAGAAUAUGCCAUCAGAAAGCUGGAGGCCAUGAAUAUGGAGAUAGUUUCAAAUGAAAAUUACAAUUUCUCAGCAGCCUUUAGAGAUCUCCAAGUGCACGAGCAGGACUAUUUGGAAAAUUUAAAAUCUUUGCGCUCCCUGGGGGCCCAACAAAAUCGUGAGGCCAUCAAUGAUCCGCCUGAGCCCCUAGAUUUGGGUGAACAACUUUCCACCUCGCCCGCUAAUAUUUUAAUAGAAAAUGUAGUCAAGCUGCCGGUGGCCAUGCUGCAACCGAAUUAUGUUUGGUCCACCUACUAUGCCAAGGCCUUUAAUUUUGGUGUUCUGGGAGCACUUUUGGCCCAUGAGCUGAUACAUGGCUUUGAUGAUACUGGGCGCAAUCAUGAUCUACAAGGCAAUAGUCUAACCUGGUGGGAUACAGAGUCUGCGGAAAAUUUUCAAUUGCGUUCCCAAUGUUUCAACAGCCAAUAUCAGGAAUUUGUGUUUCAGGGCAAACAUUUACCUGAUAUGCCUGCCCAGGGUGAAAAUAUAGCCGAUAAUGGUGGUGUACGCAUGGCCUAUGCAGCCUAUUUGAAAUGGUAUGAGAAUGCUGUGAAGGAGGAUAACAACGAUGUUAGGGAGACAAUGCCUGGUUUGCAAUUUGAGGAUAAAAAAUUAUUUUUCAUUAGCUAUGGCCAGUUGUGGUGUGGUGAUGUUAAUCCCUUAUAUCGUAAAUUUCAGGAAUCCACCGAUUCCCAUGUGCCCGAUAGGUUUCGUGUCAUUGGGCCCUUGUCGAAUUUUGAAGAGUUCUCAAAGGUUUUCAAUUGCCCCAAGGGUAGUGGCAUGAACCCUGCAAAAAAAUGUAAAAUUUAUUGA